CAUGGCUUCUGUGCAAAACACUAAACCCGCCUCUUCUCUGUUUUGAUUGGAUAAACCGUACGCGGAUUCUUUCCUCUGAUUGGUCAGUGCGCUGCGUCAUAUGCGGUAGUGAUUUCAUGCAGGAAUGGCAGCAACAGCAGCAAUAGAGAUAGAAAAACGGCGUGGGAGAAAUGCUGCCCUGUCCAUCGCCGCUGUGGUCAUUCUUCUUGGCUUGCCGUUAUGGUGGAAGACCACAGAGACAUACCGUGCCUGGCUCCCAUACUCCCAAAUCUCUGAGCUCGACUCCUUACAGCUCCAGUUAAGCGUGGAGGUCGAGGUGGUGUUCUCUCGAGGAACCCUGAGCCCGGAGCAGCAGAAGAAGGUCCCGCUCAGUCAGACCCGAGAGCAGGAGCACCAAGUAGACGCUAAGAACAGGCUGCGGUACAGAUAUGAAACCAAAUAUCGUACGGCUACCAUCAUGGAAGAAGAUGCUUUAAAUCAGCCCACAGCUCAAGAGGCGGAUCAUGCUCUGCACAUGCUCAGUGAGAGCGCCUGUGGCUCGGUCGUGGUGUACGUCGUCCCUGAGUCCUCCAGCCUGCUACCAGCUGACGUGAAGGUGUACGUGGGUCAGUGGCGCACCGCCCUGCUGCGUGCCACUCAGCUUCCUUCCUCUGGCAUUCUGAAGGAGGUGCUGUCCACUCUGGAGCCUCAGGUCAAGCAGGUGAUCGACACCAUGUCCUUCAGCCACCAGGAAAUCAUGGGGGCUCUGAGCGACCGCAUCCGCAUCAGCCAGGUCAGCAAGGAGAACCUGGUCGACAGCAUGAGGGCCAUCAAGUCCAGUCCAGGUUAUGAAAUCACAUUCAGCCUGUUGAACCCUGACCCCAAAUCCCACAGCCUGCACUGGGAUAUCGAGGGAGCGGUUCAGAGCUACAUCCAGCCUCUUCUCAACAAACUGAGCCCGAUAGCCAACUUCUCCGUGGACUCACAGAUCCUGUACUACGCCGUGCUGGGGGUCAACCCUCGUUUUGACAGCAGCGUAUCGGCGUACACUCUGAACGCAGCCAGCCUGGCGCACGUCAUCAACCCUGUAGAGGCCAGACUAGGCUCCAACGCUGCAUCUUCGUACCCGGUGCUGAACUUCCUGCUGUAUGUCCCCGAAGCUCAUCACUCUCCACUCUUCAUCAGAGACCAUAAGAAGAAGGAAGUGCCUACAAAUGCGUUCCACAGCCCCCGCUGGGGAGGGAUAAUGGUGUAUAACGUAAACAACAUGUACGACCCCGAGGCGGAAUUUCCUGUCCACAUCAACAUCAACAUGGCUAAAGUAAUGGGUGUCUUCCUGGCACAGUUAAGGCUGUUACUGGGAGUCCAGAAGACGCAUCCUCCGCCCGGUUUCGUCCUGCAGAGCCCGGGCAGCGCCGGAUUGGCCGAUUGGGAGCUGGACCGGCUGCUGUGGAGUCGCAGCGUAGAGAACGUGGCUACUGCUACAACCACCAUCACCUCACUCGCUCAGCUCCUCGACCAGAUCAGCAACAUCGUCAUCAAUGACAACAUCGCCCAGCAGGUGUCCAGCGCGGUCACGUCUCUCCAGGCCGCCACGGCCGAGCUGGAGGCCGGGAACUUGGCCUUCGCCCUGCAGUACAGUCGUGAGGCCAUACUGGCUUCAGAGAGAGCGUUUUUCGACCCGUCUCUCUUGCAUCUUUUAUACUUUCCUGACGACCAGAAGUUUGCCAUUUACAUCCCUCUCUUCUUGCCCAUGUGUGUGCCCAUAGUGCUCUCGCUGCUCAAGAUCAUCAAUGAGAUUAGACAGAAACGUGCUGACAAGAUGGCCAAAAAGGACUGAACACACACACACACACACAAACUUGGUGCCUGUGAGUGUGUGUUGUUUCUAUGCACUGAUUCAUUACACUGCAAGUUGUUACUAAAGAUGGUCUGUUGUGUAGAUAUUUAUUAUUUUCAAAAGUUUUUUUCUUUGUUAUUGUCACAGAAUAAAUGACAUUGUCUACCCGUU